ACAAGCAGCUGCGCCUGGAUCUGCGGGAGGCUGAUACCAGCGCCACGCUGCUGCAGGCCGAGCUGGACCGCCUGCGCCAGGAACUCGCCGACCGGAUCCACCAGCACCAGAGAGAGAAGGCCAUGCUGCAGGAGAUGAUGGAGGAGAGCCUGGCAUUCACCAGCCGCAUCGAGAUGCUGCAAGCAGCCAACCGGAGCCUGCGAGACAGCAAUGGAGCCCUGCGCUCGGCCCUGCAGCUCAGCUCGGAGGACAGCCCCCGGGCGCCCCUGUCUCCCGCCUGGCGGAGCCGGCCUGGCAGCCCCCGGGCCCCGGGCUCCCCGGUGGUGACCUACAGCAGGUACCGCGGGGACAACGACUCGUUCCACCAGUUUGUGCCCAGCCCCCUCCCAGAGCAGGGGGCUGAUGCGGAAGGACCCCGGGGUCCUGGGGGGCGCUCCAGCAAGAGGAAGCUCCCUGCCUUCACUCCCAAGAAGCAGGAGGCAGAGCCCAUGGAGCAGCCCCCGUCCCCUGGCCCCAUCUACCACCUGGUGCUGGCAGGAGACGCGGGUGCGGGGAAGUCCAGCUUUCUGCUGCGUCUCUGCACAAACGAGUUCAGGGGAGACAUCCCCACCACACUAGGGGUGGACUUCCACAUGAAGCGGCUGCUGGUGGACGGGGAGCGCACCACGCUGCAGAUCUGGGACACGGCCGGCCAGGAGAGGUUCCGCAGCAUCGCCACCUCCUACUUCCGCAAGGCCCACGGCGUGCUGCUCGUGUACGACGUCACCUCCGAGAGCAGCUUCCUCAAUGUCCGCCAGUGGAUCGACGACAUCCAGCAGGCCACGGAGAGGCCCGUCCCGCUCAUGCUGCUGGGGAACAAGGUCGACCUGCGCGCAGAGCUGCCGGAGACGGCAGGGGUGCACCCAGUGCAUGGAGAGCGGCUGGCCCUGGCCUACAACGCCCUCUUCUGUGAGACCAGUGCCAAGGACGGCACCAACGUGGUGGAGGCCGUGCUGCACCUGGCCAGGGAGGUGAAGAGGAUGGUGGACCCCAGCGAAGGGUGUGGAGCCGUGGCAGACCUGCGUGUCCCAGACACUGGAGCUGCUCCGUUCAGCUGCUGCCGGACCUAGGGCAGGACAGCGAGGCCUGGCCUGGCAGCUGGCUGCAGCACCCCCCCUCAGAGCCCCAGGAGGGGGUGGCCCUGGCCCAGGCAGAGCGGAGCUCCCUUCCUUGUCUGCAGGCGGAGGGAGAGGAGCCGACUGCUGGAGGCCGGCUCAGGGGGCCAGGGCUGGUCUUGAAAAUAAAGGUUUAUAGCGGCUGCCUGUUCUGUGCUCUGUGCAGGUGGGGGCUGCCCCCACCCAGCCUCCAGGACCCUGCCCCUGCCUGUGUCCUUCCCACUGCCGGCACGGCCCAAGAGCGCAGCAGGAUCCAGCGCGCUGGGGCCAAGCUGCUGCUGCUCCGGCCCCAUCUCCCUGCACGGGGCCCUGGAAUCUGUGCGCGGGGCUACUGCCACGGUUCCUUCGCUGCCGAUUCCUGCGCCACAGGCUGGCUCUGCCCUGUGCUCCCUCGCAGCCAACUGCUGCCCCCAGGAUCAUGCCCUUAGCCCUCAGGUCCCUGCAGGACUGUCCUUUCGUGCCCCAGUCCCGGAUGCUCCUGGGCAUUGCAGCUGCAGGCAAGGCCCAGCUCCUCUCCUCUCUGCCAGCUCCAAGGCAGGAUCCAGCCAUGGGCUUGAGCCAGCAUGACUAUAGCUGAGCUCCCAGCGCCCAGACCCUCCUUCCCUGGUCACAAGUGGGGAAGAGCACCUGCUGCACGCAGCGCCCCUGCCCGGCCCAGCCCCAUCGUGCCUGUGCUCACCGCACGGCACGGCCCCU